AUGGUGUCAGUGCGCCUCGCCUCAGCCCUAGUGUGGGCAGCAUUGUCUCUUAAGGCACAGGGCGUCGUCCAAGCUGCUUCCCCUGUGAGACCCGCGGUGGCAGAAGAACCGACAGACUCACCAGGCGGCUCUGUGGCAGAAGGAGGAGAGCGGUUUUCCAUCGAAAAACAAGCAUCGACAUUGUCGAUUCCAGAAAGUCUUUCUGCUAACAGCACGUCCACGUUUCCCCUUCCCGAUGAACCGGACGUGGCUGAGGACUAUCCGGCCGGGCCCAAAGACGCGUCGGAGGAGGCUCCGCACUAUCAGGAUCUGAGUCUCUCGGAGGGUGCGGAACUCUUCGACAGAAAAACAAAGAAGCUGCAGACAGGGAAAGCGCGGCAUCCCCGGCUGAGAGGUCAUGCACAACAGGCCUAUUCGGGGAAACUGGGUAGAAAAGGGCUAUUCUCACAGAAUGAAAAGUCGACCGACCAUCACGACGAAGAAGCAUUCACACACAAAAAAGAUAGAAAACGCGAGCACGCGACAAAAUCGGUAGUUGGGGAAGGAAAGAACGUUCUUCGCGAAGAUGAGGCCCACACGAGACUCUCGGCUCUGUCCAAAAACGCCGGAGUUCCAGAACGCGGCAGUCUGGCCCGCAAAAGGCGUCCCGCAGAUACGAAACUCUUCCCAAUCGGCAAAACGCAAUCUACAAAUGACACGCAAAACAUACUGGGCAAGGAAAAGCAUCGCCGGGGGACCCCGGCGAAAAACGUUUCGCAUGGACAGUCACGAGGCAAAGAACAGACCGUAGGGAGCAAGAUUUCUGCAGCGGUAGUGGAGGAGAAGCUCUUGGAUUUCUCCAGCGAAGCUGACGCCACACGUGAGGAGACACCGAAAAAAUCAAUCGAGCACUCGACACAACUUUCAGGCUCCAACAGCUACGUCGAUAGAGACGCUGGAGUCCACCAGGAAGAAUCUACAGGCGAUAUUGAAUUUCUCAUUAAGAAGGCUGUCAGAGGCGCCGCCCUCAACGCUGUGAUCAUCCAGUACCUUGUGGACGAAGCUCGGAAAGGAGACACCGAUACGAAAGGCCUUUUGGAGCAGCAGGUUAAUAAUCUAAACUCCUUGGCAGUUAAAUUUAUGAAAUUCAACAGAGACAUGAAAGAAGCAGUGGACAACGCGAGUGAUAACCCAGAACUCCAGACCCAACUUGUCACUUACUGGCUGAACCACAUUAUUGCACAACAGCUGGUCAUCUUCAGGACUUUGGACCCCGCAAUGCUCAAACUAGAGCCGAAACUGACACAGUCGCAUCAACCAUCUAGCUCGGGAAGCCACUCCUAUGAGCUUUCCGAAGAGCCUACGACAAAACAUGGGAAGGAGGCCAUCGCCACUCCGAACCCCCAUGAGGAGUAUCCUCCAUCCGCGACAAAAGCAGUCUUGCAAGGAUCCGCCGUGUCAACGGAGGGUGACUUCGACGCGACUACAGUGGACUCAUCCAGCGUGCACAUCGACAACGAAAGCUAA